AUGCCCCAGCUCCAUGCGUGGUUGGCAUUCGCUGUCUUCCUUGUCUCGACUUGUUCGGGCAAAAUUUAUAACGACAUCUCAGGCAUCCACGCCGAAAGAUAUGACUUCAUCAUCGCAGGAGGCGGCACAGGAGGAUUGGUUAUCGCAAACAGGCUAAGCGAGAACCCUAAUGUGUCGGUCCUUGUCGUGGAAGCUGGUGUCUCAAACGAAGGUGUCAAAGAAAUUCAAGUACCUUUCUUCUGUACGCGUGCGUCUCCUCAAACGCUGUACGACUGGAAUUACACAACCGUACCUCAGCAAGCUCUCAACUCGCGGGCACUGUCUUACAACCGAGGACAUGUUUUGGGUGGAAGUAGUAGCACUAAUUUUAUGAUCUACACCAGAGGAUCAUCCGAAGAUUACGACCGUAUUGCCAACAUCACCGGCGAUCCAGGUUGGUCUUGGGACAAUCUUCAACCGUAUAUUCUCAGAAAUGAACGGCUUACACCACCUGCGGAUGGCCAUAACACGACCGGUCAAGUCGACCCUUCUAUUCACGGCCAUAAUGGAAUCAAUCCCGACAGCCUUCCUGGUUACCCGACACCGAUGGAUGAUAGGAUCAUCAAAGCCACUCAAGAACUUUCAGCCGAAUUUCCGUAUAACGUUGACUAUAACAGCGGGGCGCAUCUUGGCAUUGGAUGGGGCAUCGCUGCCAUCUUUAAUGGAACUCGAAGCAGCUCAGCUACAUCUUAUCUGGGACCACAAUACGCUGCGAGGCGGAAUUUGGAUGUGAUCUUGAAUACGCGGGUAACAAGAGUGUUUAUGAAGCGGAAAGCUCCAAACUCUCCGUUACGGAUUGAUGCAGUAGAAGUUGCGGCUACCACGCAGGGUCUUAGGAAACGUAUAGGGGUAAACAAGGAAGCGAUACUUUCUGCAGGUUCUAUCGGAUCUCCUCAAAUUCUCAUGAACUCCGGAAUCGGUAAUGCCGCAGCUUUGGAGAAACUGGGGAUUCCCAGCGUGGUUCAUAACCCGUCAGUGGGGCAGAACUUGAGUGAUCAUCCGAUUGUCGGCAAUAUUUGGGUCGUGAACGAAACGCGGACUUGGGAGGAAAUGACCCGUAAUGCGACCAAGGAAGCAGAGUAUUACGAGCUUUGGCGUACGAAACGGCAGGGUCCGCUUGUGAAUACUGUUACUACUCAGCUUGGGUGGCACAGAGUUCCGGAUGGCUCCGGGAUCUUUGGGAUGAAUGGCUCCAAGGAUCCAGCUGCUGGGCCCAACACUGCACACUUUGAGCUUGUGUUUGCUAAUGGUUUUAGAGGAACACCUCCCCCCACCGGGAACUAUAUGACUAUUGCUACAGUUGUCGUAGCACCAUCUGCGCGUGGUUCCGUCGAAUUGACAUCUAGCGACCCAUUCUCUCCACCUACGAUUAAUCCCAAUCUCUUAGGUACGGAGUCCGAUAUGUCCAUCAUGAAGUACGCUAUCCAAGCUGCUCGGCGGUUUGCUUCUGCGUCUGCUUGGAAUGGGUAUAUUCUUGAAGCUUAUUCUGGUACGAACCCUACGACGGAUGAAGAGAUAGAUGUUUUUAUAAGGAAUAAUACGAGGUCGAUAUAUCACCCUGUGGGGACCGCGUCGAUGUCGGCCAAGGAUGCGGGGUAUGGGGUUGUAGAUCCGGAUUUGAAUGUGAAGGGGGUUGAUGGGUUGAGGGUUGUUGAUGCUUCUGUCUUUCCUUAUAUUCCGUCUGCGCAUACGCAUGUACCGGUGUAUAUUUUGGCGGAAAGGGGGGCUCAAAUAAUCAAGGAUACUUGGAAUCUCUGA